AUGUUGGGCGUCAUCUUCCUCCAGCGCCUCACGUAUAUGCGCAUGACAGGCUCGAGCGUCCGCAGUAUCGACAUGCUCAAGGCUAUGUGCGAUCUCCCGUCGUACUCGCGGUUCGCCAUCAUGAAAACCAUGUGGCCUGGAAAUGGUCGUCCUCAGGACCACAAUCACCUCACCCGUCGCGAGGAGGAGCUCCUCACCGAUGAGCACUUCUUCGGAACCCUCAUCUCCAAGGGUGCUUCUAUGGUCCGGCACGUAGAGGACGGUACCGGCACUGCCAUCGACAAGGCGCGCUCCGCCUGCCGAAUAGUAUCGAGUCUGCCCAGGCGGAGCGAGAUGGAAAGGCCCGUGGUCUUGCGGCUCCAAGGGGAGGUCGUCAACAAGGGCAAGACACUUGAGGAGACACUGGCAAGUCGGUCUAUACGUCACGACAUCUGCGAAACCCAGGGGUAUCACGCCCUAAAUAUGCAAGAGCUCUGGAACGAUCUGACAGUAGAGCUUCGGCAGCAGAACAUUGAAGGUGUCGAAGAUCUUCGCCGGCUGCAGGAAGACCUGGCGUCUGUAAUAGCGUCGGCAGAUAGCAUGCCGCACAGCAGGCUGAACAAAGGAAGAGGGCCGAACAGAAGGGAGCAGAGCGGGAAAUAG